GGAGAGAGCCGGACGGAGCCGGAAGGAGCCGAAGGAGGGGGCUCGGAGUGGGCUCGGCACCGUUGCUCCUCGCGAGACUUAGCCGCCCAGCAUGUUCCUGAGCAGUGCUGCCUGCGCCCCUUUCCUGCGCCGGGCCGGGAUCCUGCUGUCCCCGGGGCUGCGGCUGCGGUCAGGCUGGAGCCCGUAUGGAGCUGUGAUCUUCGAUGUGAGCGGGGUGCUGCUCCCAUCCCCCCGGCACACAGCCGCAGACUGGGAGGCCCAGAAUUGUAUUCCAGCCGGCACCGUCCAACAAGCUCUGCACUCUGGAGGGGAAAACAGCCUCUCUCUCAAGUACACAAGAGGAGAGCUGACGACUGUGGAGUUUUUGCAGGAAUUGGGACAGCAGUGCUUUGAGAUUGCAAAUAUCUGUGUUCCAGUGAACUCUUUCCUCACCAACUUAAUCAGAAGUGAGAUGAUAAAACAGCUCCCCAUAAUGGCAGAAGCAAUACAGUGUAUCCAUGCAGAAGGUCUUAAGAUAGCUCUUCUAAGCAACAGCUUCCAGCUGCCAAAUGGAGAGAGCUUUCUGCCCCUGGACCAAAAACAUUUUGAUGUGAUAGUUGAAGCUUAUCAGGAAGGAAAGUGCAAGCCAGAUCCUCGCAUCUACAAGCUGUGCUUGGAACGCUUGGAUGUUCAGCCUCAGGAAUCCAUCUUCCUCGACAACAGCAGCCAGAACCUGAAAGCAGCAGCCCAGCUUGGUAUUAAAACAGUGAAGGUUGAUGAUCUUGAAGUAGCAUUCAAAGAGCUGGAAACCUAUCUGGGUUUUCCUUUAAAAGGAUUUGUUCCAUAUACUCGUUCAGUAAGAUCUACCAUGGAAAUUCCAAAAGACAGUCUGCAAAAGUACCUUGAAAACGUUUUCAGUGACCAGGCAACAGGUCCGCUGACGCUGCGGCAGUUUGGCUGUGGACAGUCUGCCCAGACCUAUUUUGUCAAGUUUGGAGAUCGUUCUCUGGUGCUGAAGAAGGAAGUCCCUGACAGCCUGCUGCCUUCAGGUCCUGCUGUUGGAAGGGAAUACAGGGUACUGAAGGCACUCUCUGAGGCUGGUGUUCCUGUUCCUACUGUACUUGCUCUGUGUGAGGACAGAAGCAUCCUUGGCACACCAUUCUACCUGAUGGAGCACUGUGCUGGCCAUGUCUACAGGGAUGCCUCCCUGCCAACACUGCUGCCUAACCAGCGGCAGGCUAUUUAUGCUGCCAUGAGUGAAGUUCUCUCCAAGAUCCACAGCACAGACCUCAGAGCAGCCAAGCUGCAGGACUCUGGGGACCACGGUAAUUACAUCCAGCAGCAAGUUGAUACCUGGACAAAGCAGUAUCGAGCUAUGGAAACUCACAUUAUUCCAGCCAUGGAGAGACUCAUUGAGUGGCUGCCUUUGCAUUUUCCUGAAUCUCAGAAGACAACAGUUGUGCAUGGCAAUUUCAGGCUGGACAACCUAAUCUUUCACCCAAAAAGGCCAGAAGUCCUUGCAGUCCUUGGCUGGAAGUUUUCAAUUCUAGGAGAUCCCAUCUCCGAUUUGGCAAAUAACUGUAUGGCUUAUUUCCUGCCACCUCAGUUCGACCCAAUGAAAGGCUUGGCAAAAUACGAUUUGAGGCACCUGGGAGUCCCUACAGCAGAGGAGUAUUGCCAGAAGUACUGUGGCCACAUGGGAAUGGAGCUCCCCGACAACUGGAAUUUCUACAUGGCCUUUGCUUUCUUCAGACUGGCUGCAAUGCUGCAGAGACUCCACAAACAAUCUCUGACAGGGAGGCCAGCCCGAGGUAGAAGCUGUCUGGAGCAUGCAGAGUUUGUGGCUGAUCUGGCUUGGGAUUUUGCCAUAAAAGAAGGAUUCCGUGUGUUUGACAGCCUCUCCAUUGCAAAGCCUUUUGCACAACAUUACAGUACCUGGGCCAGGCAAGGGCCAUUCCUCAGCAGGAGCUACAGUACCUGCACACAUCCUGGGACUGUCCCUGUGCCUGAAGUCCCCCUGAUCACUUCCUUCAGCAGCCUCUUGGGGGUGGCCCAAGGUCUUUACUGCAAGCUGGCAAGGAUCUUGGAUGUCCAGUGGAGUUUUCUGAUUUCCCAGCCCAGAUGCACUCCACGUCCUGUUCUAGAAAAGAAGGUCUGUGGAGCAGAACAUCUCAGCAGUGCAUCCUCCAGCCGGACACUUCAUUCAGACCUGAGCCCCACAUCUGGCUGAAGGUCCCACAUGGUUCACAGGACAAUGUUCUCCAAAUUGGAGCUGAGCCACUGCACUGGGGAGUCUUGGAACAUGUGACUAAAAGAGCCCCUCUGGCAUGGGGAAGGUUGUACUAUCUACAGCCUGGAAGCUUGAGAAUUUCAGUGGUAUUUACUGUUAUUUGGGCUCAGUGCCUUUAUUGCCAGGUUCAAUAGGUACAGGGCAAAAUCCCUCUCUGGAUCAUGAGGCUGCAGACAGUCAACAGCCUUGCAGUGGGGAGCACUCAUUAGGAACAGCAAGGCUGAGGUUGCAAGUCUUGGUUUUGGGAGUAUAGGAAACAGAGUGGAGCAUCUCUCAUUAGCACAACACCUCCAGCAACCUGAGGGUGCCAGGACUCCAGAGGUGAGAGGAAAUGAAUCACUGGCUUCAGAGCAGAUCAUGGAGCUGAGGCCCAUGGAACUGGGAGGACUCCCUGGCCCUAUGACUGCAGUGGAUUUCUCUGGGUUUCUUUGGGGAUCUGGGAUGAUGUAAACCAGAUUAGUGGAGGCUUUCAGUGCUUCACAAAGAUGAGCAGCGGGAAAAGACUGUGGUCUUGAUUGUGGUAAUUCCUGAGCUUUUUAUGUGUACACUGGUGUUAAUUUAAUAUUAAAGUGAUGGAUAUAUUUCUUUGAAUUCACAUGAUUAACAAGUUCAACUCUUUAGUAUUCCUUUGCUCCUGAUGAAAAUGCCAUGCUGGGGACAGUGGGAUGCAUGCCUGCAGCUUUGGCCACCGCCGAGGCUGACCUGGCAGGGUCCUUGCACUGACUCAUAUCGCAGUGCCCAGUGCUGGCUCCUCCAGUGCACAACCUUACAGCCCAGUUCCACAAAGCCACAUUAUGCAUCAGCCCAGGGUGGUCACCACAUCCUUGCUGCCAGGGACAGGAGAAGUGCUGCAGGGAAGCCCUGGGAUUGCUGUGCUAUUGGCUAUAGAAGGCUUUGUAACCUGAGCUUUGGUUUCUCCUGGGCUGAGAGUGAAAUUCAACCUCUCCCAGUGGCAUUUGGCUCUGCUAUGCAAGGGGGAGGGAGUCUCUGAGCCUCUACCUGCCCAGCACAAACAGACUGGGUGAUUUCUGAGCAGGCAUCUGGCCUUUGUACCUCCUAACAUCUAAUCUUGCAGCAGGUAGAAUCCUCGCCAGCCACUGCAGGGCUGAAGGUUUGAGGCUGCCUUCAGCCUCAUGCAUGCAUUUCUUCCAUUGCAUGGGGUUUUAGCAUUGCUAGGUUUGUCUGCUAAGCCCCAGGGAAAGAAAGGGAUGUGCUCAAGUUGAGCAAAAAUAAAAGUAUUAAGCACCACAGAUGUCACUUAAGCCCCAUGUCAUUGGUUGUCCAUCCAGGUGUCAGCAGAGGUCAUGCACAGGACAGCUGAGAGCACAGUGAGAGCUUAGCCCUGUGCAAGUGUCUUUUGGAGGUUAAAUACUCCUUUCUUACUGAUGUUGAUGGUAACUUCAGAAUAUUUCUGUGGCAUGUUAAUUUUUCUGGACCUAAGUACGAUGAAAUCACAUGAGACAUCUCAAGCAAAACAGCAGAAACCAUUUUAACCAUUUAACCAUUGUUAGGAGCAAUUUUUGCCGAGCAUUCAUUUGCAUGCACUGAGCAACCAUCCUGCUGUGAGAGUGCUACACUGGCAUUGAUUCAUUUGCCCUAUAUGCAAUAGGUUAUUUUUUUAAGAUUCCUGUGUGCCACUAAGGGCAGGCUGUCCAGGUAAGCAGAAGUCCCCGUGCCAGACGCUGAUGAGAUGUGCAUCUGCAGUGCAUGCGUGCCUUGGCUGUGCUGUCCCAUCUGUGCCAUGGGUCCGCCUGUGGGCUUUGCCGGCCAGAACCAAAGUGAAGCAAAACGAACUGAGUUGUGCCCAAUUGAGCCACGUGGGUCCAAAAUCAACUGAACCAAUGUGGGCCACCCCAAACUGCGCCGAACAGCUUGAAUGAAGCUGGGCCGAGGUGUCCUGAAUGGAACCGAGGUCCACCGAGCCGACCGACGCAGACCGGCAGACCCGAAGCCGGGC